AUGGCGCCCCCAUCACCUAUUCCUCCCGUACGCAAACGAGGGCGACCGCGUGUCUAUUCCUCCACCGCACAGAAACAAGCAUCCAAUGUUGCCCAGCGGCGGAGAAAGCGACAGUCCACCCGUGCCGCUGAGCAAAGUGCUGAAUACUAUCAGUAUUACACACCCACGGCUGCUGCGCUGCCUGAGCCUGAUUCUUCUACUGCGACCUACUUCCCCCCGGACGAACCAACAUUUCCUGCAGAACUAGAACCGCUGCUGCCACCUCUUAGUCCCCCGACGCUACCCGUUGACCCUAUUCCCGAUAAUAUACCCUCGAUCGCGCCUGAGACUGUGGCAUUGUCUGCCACACCUCUCCCGACUGUCUCUGUAGAAAUUAUUGUCCCGCGUAGUACUUCACCGAAUCGCUUGGACUCGCCCGAUCCCGAGAUCCUCCUAGCUGUACAGGCCCUUGGGCAGACCCUGACCGAUCAACUGUACACCCACCAUGGCUGCUGUGUACACUGCCAUCGCCAACAGGAGACUCAGCAUUCCACUCAGCAUACAGAUUAUUCGGGCCUGAAAAACUACCUGGAACGGGUACUAACCGAGGGCAGAUUUCCGGAUGUUCUACGGGUCCCGAUAAUGGCGCGGAGGAAGGACCACCUUGCCCGUCAGGUCAGUAGUGAGCGGAGGCAACAGGUAUAUUGUGGUAUCUCUGCAGAGCUAUCCCAUGCUGAGCCUGUCCAUGUCUGUCUCGCGACCGAUCAUCACAGCGACACAGUAACGGAGGUGACCUUUGAUAUUGACAGUAUCGUGGGGUUUGCAUCGAGCCUUGCCGUGGCUAAGCAGGGAGUACAGUGGAACCCGACCCAGAUAGCUGUAUCUGAUCUCCAGUCCAGUCUCCACCUCGAUCCCCUGCCCGUGCAGUACCUGGAUCCACAGGGCUGA